UCGAUUUCGGAAUCAGCUGCGGUCAGAACUCAAAAACAGACCGCUGUCUCCUUUGUGACCUGAAAUCCCGGAAAUCGUCCAGUGUCUGGUUCACUCGGACGUAUCACAAAGCUAAGCAUGAUGGAUUAUUACACGAUCCACGGCCACGACGUCUCGAGUUUUGACCUGCCCUCAACGCACCGUCUCCCAACCGUGUCGGCCGCACAGGCUCUGCAAGACUUGGAGGGGAAUACGACCAACUUCAUUCCAACCGGGCUCGCAGCCCUCGAUGCUUCGCUCAGUCCCCGACUAGAUAGUGUCGAACAAAGUGGGAUCCAGAAGGGCAAUGUGACGGAAGUAUGGGGCCCCCCAGGAGCGGGAAAGACAGCGUUCGGACUCCAGGUCGCUGCCCACUGUCUUGAGAAACGCCACCGAGUUGUCUGGGUAGACGGAUUCCAUCGUGUGCCGCUUGGGCGCCUGCGUGCCGUGGUCGGCAGGGCGACCGGUGAAGGCAAAGAUGCGGAUCCCAGUCGCUUAGACGGCUUCAUCCACUACACAUGCCCGACCUUGCCACAUCUGAUUGCACUGCUGUGCAGGCCAACCGCGUCUUGCAUACCGCAAGGGACAUCGCUCGUAGUCGUCGACUCUCUCUCUGCCUUGGUCAACCAUGCCUUCCCAAAGCUUCCCGAAGCGCGCCCGACCAGGGACGCAAACGGCAGAAAAGAGCCUUCUUCCUCGGCCCGGCGGUUACAGGUUCUCCAGUACAUCAUCAGCAGCCUUCAGAAGCUGGCGGCAACGCGAAACCUGGCCAUUUUGGUCCUCACGCAGUGUGCCACCAAGAUGCAGGCUGAACGCGGUGCUACCCUGGUCCCGGCCAUCAACGCGAGCGUCUGGGAACAGGGACUAUCGACCAGGCUCGUCCUGUUCCGCGACUGGCUCCUGGAUGGCUCAAAAACCCGCGGGUUGCGCUUUGUAGCUAUCCAGAAGCUCAACGGAAAGGAGGUGGGCGCCUUGCUCAAGAGCGUCUGCGCCUUCCAAGUGGAUCAGACCGGCUUGAUUUCUUUAGAUUGUGACCACACCCGACAGUCGAUGACGUUCACAUCUACGCCGGCGCGGAAGCGUAAAAUCGGAGACACCAACUUCGAGAUUGCGGACAGCGAAGACGAAGACUACGGCUGGGAUGAUGACGACGAGCUUCCGCCCAUGCCGUCGCAGUGGCAAGGAAGCGAGGAUCUCUUACUCACCCGAGAUCCGGAAUCUGAUGAGGAGGACAAUGUUGAUGACGAGCAGUCUCCGCAGGAUUGCGAAGCCGGAGGGCGGCCGUCAGUAGAUGAUGACACGGAGAUUCCCGGAGAAGCGGCCAGACCAAACUACACAGGAAGCCCCUGAAGAGACGCCUGAGCUUCAACCUUGGAGUUCAAUGGCCGUCACCUUCGAACGCUCGGCCUCACCCCCGGCCUCACCCAUAUGCCCAUGGAGAGCACGCCAGUG